AUGAUGCCCAAGCCCAAGCUAAAGCAGUUCUUGAAAGAGAACAAAAAGAAAUCCAAGCACGCUCCCCAGCGUCCGACCACCGCCGAUGAGUACUUAGCAGGCAAGUGGUAUGAAAAAGCAAAAGAGGCGGGAGUCGAUUUUGAAGAGGCGGGUGAGAAAUGGCGAGGUGGUGAUGCGGUCAAGUCUGCGAGGUUCUUCGUCCGGGCUAUUGAUUGCUAUAAUGAAGGCUUGGGGAAAUUCCCAACUUCCUUUGAUCUGGCCUACAACAAGGCCCGAGUCCAGUAUGAGCUCUCUCAGCACCCGAGGCUGCUCGCCCAGCUGCCUGGAAACCUUUGGGAGCUGCUACAGACUGCGCUUGAAUCAAGUCGAUAUGCGUUGACUUUAAAUCAAACCGAUGCUGAUGUUUUAUUUAAUACCGCCCAGAUCCUAACCAGUCUCGCGGAAGGGCUCCAUCGCCAGCAUUCCGUCGGUAACGAGGAUUCUGACCAAGCAGCCCGCGCAUAUCUUGAGGAAGCACUAGAUCUCUUCCAGCGCUGCUUCGAACUACAAACGAGUCAAUACGGAGAGUUUCAAGCUCAGUUAGCAGCCAGUGCCAAUCCGGGAUCAGAGGCAUCGACGGGCCCCGAAGUUCAAUCGUCCGAGGAUCAGCAAGCACAGGGUGCUGCAAAUGACCAAGAAGAGCGAUGGGUGACUGUUACUUCACCAGUCUCCAAAGAGACUCUACGCGAAACGGUCCUCGCCCAACUCGAGACCCUCACUUCCCUUUGCGAUGUGUGUAAAGACGACAAGCUCAUGUAUAUAAUCGAGCAAUACGCCGAGCCUAUUAUUACAGAGAGACUCGCUGUAUUGGUAGAUGGCACCGAUCGCGAGCUUGAGGCUGCAAUCGCCCGAGCAGCCUAUACAUGUGCCGUUGCAGAUGCUAAGUUUCGUCUGGGCUACCCUGGCACUGAUAUAAGGACCUACGUCGCCAAUGUCCAAGCGGCCUGGCAGCCUUUAGACCUAAACGACCACGUGGAGGGUUUAGGCAAACGCGCCGAUGCCCUAGGCACUUGCAGUAUCUCUGUUCGUCUAAGCCGGGAAGGGGAUACAGUCGAAGCCGGCACCUUACGGUGGACAAUAUUAAGCCAGGCCCUCCAAGACCUGACCGCAGCAUCCAAAUUCCCCGACGACGUGAACAUGGGGCAGAUCAACCUACUCCGAGGGGACAUGGAGCUCAUGCGAUCCCGUCUCGGCCUACCACCAUUAAACCUCGAUGUCGCGGUCAAAAACCAGCGUGUGUUGGUCAAGAAUGCAGAGAAAUACUAUAGGGGGGCCAAGGGCUUGACUGCUUCCGAGGGACCUCCAACUGAUGAUAAUAUUGAAGCUACUGUGAAAGAGGCGCUUGCAAAAGCACUCUCCGGAGAUUCCGCACUGCUUGUGCAAGUGAGAGGAGAAUUCCCUACGGCGGAAGGUAUACUGGCGGAAGCUUUUGAGGAAGGCUUGUUUACUCCGGACCAGAUUGAUCAGGACGAUACGAUGGAUCUUGGAGGUGGAGUUUCAAUUUAA